AUGUUAGUGUUAUUUGGUCAGCCAGAAAAUUGGCACGAGCAGGACUUUCGUGCAGUCGAUGAUCGAGUCCGCGGAGGACAGUCUACUAGUCAUCUAACGGCUGAAAAAGGUAAUGGUAGCGAUUCUUAUGCGAGAUUUUGGGGUACUUUAGAUACGAAAACUCUCGGGGGCGCUGGGUUUGCUAGUCAAGCAACAAACAUUCCUAACCGUAAAUGGAACUUGAGAGAGUUCGAAGGUAUAGAAAUUAAUAUUGCAAAGAGCGAUAAUUUCAAAUAUACUUUUAUAAUUAAAGAUGAUCAUCAGACUAAAAACGAUGAUGAACGCUCUACUUUAUCCUAUGAAUAUGACUUUAGCCCAUCCUUUUCCAAAGAGGAUCAAAGUAUUUACGUUCCCUUCUCCGAUUUCCGACCUACUUACAGAGGUCGUCCAGUUGAAGGGGCACCUCCUUUGGAUACUAGUGAAAUCGUCCAGUUUUCAUUUAUGAUUCGAAGCUUUUUUGAUUCACAAAGUGGUGAUUUUGAGCUACUUUUGAAAAGUGUUCGUGCUAAACCAAAAUAUACUCCUCAUCAAGCUGAUUUGUCUGAGAAACAAUUGUACAGCACUGAAGAGAAAACUGACAACGGUCUGCUUUCCUACUGCUUAUGCCAGUGA